GUUUAAUGUUUGUAGCUUGCUGCUGGUCAAAGCAACCGCUUAGCUUGUCAGUUGGUUAUUUUUGCACAUUUUUAGUGACAUAUUUGACUAUAAACGGCUUAAGAUGACUAGCAAGCAUCGUCAGUUUUAUUUCUGUAACUGUUUCACCACUGAUAACAUCUUUCUGGAGGAAUACAAGCUCCAUGUCCGCUUUGUCUCCGAGCAGCAGUUCAGACGGGACUAUGACGUAGUGCUGAGGAGGCUUGGCUGUGUGACGGACGCACAGUUUGAGGAUGUGUUCAACAAGAUUUCACAGGAAGUGGAACGGCGAAGGCGUCUAAGUGUGACGUCUGCAGAGAGAGCUGCUGCUAUCAAAGACACGUACCGGCCUCUGCAUCCUCAUGUCUACCACCUGCAGGAGUCCUACCUCGCUCCAAAGUUCAAGCAGAUAGUGGACUUCUGCCGAGUCAGCGCCAACAGGGGAGGAGCUCUCGGAGAGUUGCUGCAGGAGGAGGCAGCUGCUCGAGUUUACCGUUUCCCGGUGUUUGAGAGAAGCUUCUGUGAGCAGCUGGUGGAGGAGCUGGAGCACUUUGAGCAGUCCUCCGCCCCGAAAGGAAGACCCAACACCAUGAACCACUACGGGAUCCUGCUGAAUGAACUGGGCUUCGACGAGGGCUUCGUCACGCCGCUCCGCGAGCUCUACCUGCAGCCGCUCACCUCCCUGCUGUACCCCGACUGUGGGGGGGGCAGCCUGGACAGCCACAAGGCCUUCGUGGUGAAAUACGACCUGGACGAAGACCGGGACCUGAGCUACCACUACGACAACGCAGAGGUCACGCUGAACGUGUCCCUCGGAAAGGAUUUCACCGAGGGAAACCUUUAUUUUGGGGAUAUGAGACAGGUGCCUUUAGGUGAGAUGGAGUGUUCGGAGGUGGAGCACAGGGUGACCGAGGGCCUCCUGCACCGGGGCCAGCAGAUGCACGGGGCCCUGCCCAUCUCCUCGGGCCGGCGCUGGAACCUGAUCGUUUGGAUGCGAGCGUCGCAGGAGCGCAACAAGCUCUGCCCCAUGUGCAGCCGCCGGCCGGAGCUGCUGGAGGGGGGGGGCUUCGCUGACGGCUUCACCAAACCCUGCGACGCACCGCUGAACGCUGCAUGUGUGUUAACGUGACCACCGGGGGGGGGGGGGGGCGUGCAUGCUGGUACCUCCCACUCACACAGCGACAGAAUGAAUGUAAGAUGGACGAUCUCACAACCGGAAGCCCUUCAGUUGUGGAAUGGCUUUAUAUAUCUGGAGUCUUUUGUCUAAUGAUUACACACACGAUGAUCAAAGUGGGUCUCCAGGACGCUGAGUCUCCGUGAACAGCCUUUAAAUGCUAACGACACUUUGAGACUGCGCUGCAAAUUGAAAUGCUGAAUAUUUAUGAACUAUUAAUAAUAUCAAUGGUGCCGUCAUGCUGAGAUUCAGUGUAUAUUUACUGUCGCAAAUGUUGUCACGUCCUGUUAUCAAUAUUCAGAGUGAUUGUAAUGUAUAAACACAGUAAAGAUAAACCGCUCUCUGGCUGCAUGCUUCAUCCAUCACCACCCAGGGUGCGGAAGCUGACCGGCUGCAGGGUUUAAUGUCUUAGGAAGGAAAAACCCACCUGUGGCCCCCAGAGGACUGAUGACUUCCACCUGGAUCCAUCGUCUUCUUUUUUUAUAGACCUCUGCAUUCUCCAGCAUUUGGACAGUAUCCCUCCUCUGGUGCUCUCCACAAGGUUUAUAACAUUUCCCCCGGUACCUGGGGGGUUUCAUAGGGGGUCGUAUUCAUACUCUGUGUAAAUAGACCUUGAUUGGUUGAAGAAAAAUGCAUUUAAAUAUAUUCGACUUGUUUUAUACACACAGGGAUAUAAAUGUAGGAUUUAAAGUCAACCAGGAGAAAUCUACGGUGGCUGUCAAGGCCCCAAAACAUUGGUUGGGCGCUGCAGCUUCAGAAACGAAGCAGAUGUAGAAACACAUUGGAAAUCUAUCAUCAGCGUCGAUUUGAAGCUACUUUAGAAUCAAUAGGGGAUCGAUCAACUCAUACUCCCUUGGCUUGUCAGUGUUUUCUAUUACUAAGCAGCCUCUAGAGACACCACUUUGACUUUUAACACUGCUUUACUCUGAGGAUUGACCUUAGCAUCGUUAGCUGAGAGUGUUUCCCACUGCCGAAUUGACUGACCCAUCCCAUUGAUUAUGUUUCAUCGUCUUUUUAUCAACUUAAAAAUAAAAAAAGAUCUGAACUUCGGAUCUCUUUUGGUG